GAGCAGGUGGGGAAACAGCAGAAUCAGAUGUCUGAAUAAGAUAUUAAAUGACAUUCCUCAAUGUUACUGCUAUAAUGGAGCACGUGGGUUUCCAGGAAAUGGAGAAAACAUUUCAACAGCACACACUCUCAUGCUCCAGAGUUUAGAGCACUAGGAAAAUUCCUGUUCUGUAUGUCUUCGUUCUCUGCCUUUGAAAUGGGUAUAGUAAUAGACUAUCCCAUCAGGGUGAUGAGAGAAUGAGCAAAAUUGGUGCUGUGUGAUCAGUCACUCUGAGAUGAGUUUUGAAGUUUUAAAUUACCAUGUAAUCUAUAAAUGGAGAUCGUGAUCAUGGUUAUAUUUAUCGUUAGUUUUGUCCUGGGUAUGUAGUAGGUUGAUGGAUCAAAUUGCUGUUUACUGGUUUAGCAGAAAUCAAUAGUUUACCUAUAAUGUUAUCACCAAGGCUAAGCAGAAAUUUGAGUAUGGGAUUCCUUUAAAAAGUGAUGAUAUGAUUGGAAAUUUUCUUUAAACCCAAGAACUGCAUCAUGCAUUAUGGAAAACAUAUCAGGAAACUAAACAAGUUUGAUUUUGAUGUUAAUGCUGUAAUGGCUAGUUGCUUUAAGGUUGCUGUAAUAACAUGUUAAUUGUGGUUAUGAGUAACAAUUGUUGUUUGAAAUAUUACAAAACUAUUAAUGAGUAGUAACCUUGUGUACACUAAUUUUGAGGUUGAAGCUUGCUACGUGAGGGUAGUGUUUGUGUAAAUUUUGCACAGAAAUACCAAGCAACAGAGCUUAAGAUCACUUGGAGAAAAGGGUUUUUUCUAGUACUCUGAUAUUGCAAAGUGGGAGGUGCCAGACAAUAGGUGUCAGCACCGGUUCAGCUAUGCACAACCUCACUGAAAACAUAGAUUAAGGCAGCUGGUUUUAUGUAAAUUUGCUGUGAACUCUUAGCAAACUGAAAUACCUAUAAAGAAGGCUGAAAUGGUGUUUGAUACUAGUUAUGAAAUAGAUUUUCUAGGGUAUAGUCUGGGAAAACAGAAUAGAUGAAACAGAAGAUAAAAGCUGGUAAAAAUAAUGUAUGUAUUGUGUUCACUGUGAAAUGUUUCUGUAAUACUGAAGGAUUAUUUUUGAAAAUUCUAAUUUAAUUAGGCUCUGUUAUCUUGUUAAUUAUUCAGAGAGGUUCCUGAGAAGAAGACUUUGAUAUAGUGCUUUCCUAGGUAUUUAAAAGAAAUAAUUAAAAAACCUAAUAAAAAAAUAACUGAAACUGAAGAAGGAAAGCAAAAUCACAAGAAUCAAAAUGGAGCAGGCAGGAUAAGGUACAGUGCUGGGAAACUUCCAUGAGACUUUGGAACUGUGCUGCUUUGUGGUGGAAUUUUAAACUGGAAGUAGCUGUUUAGAUAUCUUGUUCAAUGAACCAAUGCCUGUCAUAUGGAUUCUGCCAUCACGUGGAUGAUUCUGCCAACAGUUUUGGAAGAAAUAAACAGGAAGGCUUCAUGCAAAAUAUGUGGUUGUGUAAUGGAGAAACCAGAAGAAACCACCACCAGGGAAAUGGAGGACAAAAAAAUCCUUGGUUUUUCUCUGUAUUUCACUGGCAACAUGCACCCAGGAGCCAGGAUAUGGGGAUUAAGCUAAAACAGGUGGUGGAAAAAGAUGUGGAUCCAGAAACAACCCUGCUAACUUAUCUACGGAGAAAAUUGGGCCUGUGUGGAACCAAACUAGGCUGUGGAGAAGGUGGAUGUGGUGCUUGCACUGUUAUGAUAUCCAAAUAUGAUCCCUUCAGGAAGAAAAUCCUCCACCAUACUGCCAAUGCUUGUCUCUUCCCUGUCUGUGCCCUGCAUCACGUGGCUGUAACUACUGUUGAAGGCAUAGGAAACACCAAAUCCAGGCUGCACCCAGCCCAGGAGAGAAUAGCCAAGAGUCAUGGGUCCCAGUGUGGCUUUUGCACUCCAGGCAUUGUCAUGUCCAUGUACACAUUGCUUCGGAACAACCCCGAGCCCCACAUGGAGGAUAUUGAAGAUGCUUUCCAAGGGAACUUGUGUCGGUGUACAGGCUACAGACCCAUUCUGGAAGGAUACAGGACAUUUGCUAAAGACAUGAAUUGCUGUGGCAAAGUUGCCAAUGGCACUGGAUGCUGUCGUAGUGGGAAGGAAAAUACCAUGAAUGGGGGCUGCUGUGGAGGCAAGGCCAAUGGUCCAGGCUGCUGCAUGAAUGGAAAAGAGGACAGUGUGACAAUGACCUCCUCCAGCCUGUUCAAUUCUUCUGAGUUUCAGCCACUGGAUCCCACACAGGAGCCAAUCUUCCCACCAGAGUUAAUGACCCAGAGUAACAAACAGCAGAAGCAGAUGUGUUUCAAAGGCGAGCGUGUGAUGUGGAUCCAGCCCACGACUCUCAAUGAACUGGUGGCUCUCAAAUCCCAGUACCCCAAUGCCAAACUCGUUGUGGGGAACACAGAAGUGGGUAUCGAGAUGAGGUUAAAGAACUUCCUGUAUCCAGUGAUAAUAGCACCAGCAUGGAUCCCUGAAAUGAAUGCUGUUCAGCACACUGAAACAGGGGUCACCAUCGGCGCUGCCUGUACGCUGAAGUCGGUAGAGGAGGUGAUGAGGAAGGCAGUGGCAGACCUUCCUCCCUACAAAACAGAGAUUUUCCAGGCUGUCCUGGAGCAGCUGCGCUGGUUUGCAGGGCCUCAGAUCAGGAAUGUUGCUGCUAUUGGUGGGAACAUAAUGACAGCAAGCCCAAUUUCUGACUUAAAUCCUGUGUUAAUGGCAAGUGGAAGCAAACUGACUUUGAUAUCAAAAGAGGGCAAAAGGACAGUCACCAUGGAUGAGAAGUUUUUCACUGGCUACAGAAAGACAAUAGUUAAGCCUGAAGAAAUACUUCUCUCUGUUGAAAUACCCUACAGCAAAAAGGGUGAAUACUUCUCAGCUUUCAAGCAGGCUUCCCGUCGUGAGGAUGACAUUGCUAUUGUGACCUGUGGGCUGAGAGUCCUGUUCCAAGAUGGCGCAAGCAGAGUGCAGGAGAUAAAACUAAGCUAUGGAGGAAUGGCUCCUACCACUGUCCUGGCACUAAAAACUUGCAAGGAACUCACUGGCAGAGACUGGAAUGAGAAGCUGCUGCAGGAUGCCUGUCGCCUGCUGUCGGCCGAGAUGGAUCCGUCUCCCUCAGCUCCUGGCGGCAUGGUGGAUUUCCGACGCACCCUCACCCUCAGCUUCUUCUUCAAGUUCUACCUGACAGUCCUUCAGAAACUGAGCAAGAGUGGCACUAAAACUAUGUGUGAGCCUGUCCCUUCAAACUACAUCAGUGCUACAGAGCUGUUUCACAAAGAUCCCAUUGCAAAUGCCCAGCUCUUCCAAGAAGUGCCCAAGGGGCAGGCAGUGGAGGACAUGGUGGGCAGGCCUCUGGUGCACGUUUCAGCAGCCAAACAAGCCACUGGAGAGGCUGUGUACUGUGAUGACAUCCCUCACCACGAGAACGAGCUGUACCUGACGCUGGUGACCAGCACCAAGGCCCACGCUAAGAUCCUUUCUAUAGAUGCAUCUGAAGCUCAGAGUGUUCCUGGGUUUGUGUGUUUUGUCUCUGCCAAGGAUGUUCCUGGCAGUAACGUCACUGGCAUCGCUAAUGAUGAGACUGUCUUUGCUAAGGAUGUGGUCACCUGUGUGGGCCAUAUCAUCGGUGCAGUCCUGGCAGACACACAGGAGCAUUCCAGGAGAGCAGCUAAAGCUGUGAAGGUCAAGUAUGAAGAACUUGAACCUAUUGUCACAAUUCAGGAAGCGAUUGAGAAAAAAUCUUUCUUUAAGGAUAUAAAGAGGAUUAAUAAGGGAGAUGUGAAGAAAGGAUUUGAAGAAUCUGAUCACAUUUUGGAGGGAGAGAUGUACAUUGGUGGUCAGGAGCAUUUCUACCUGGAAACUCACUGUACUUUGGCUGUGCCAAAGGGAGAAGAUGGUGAGAUGGAACUCUUUGUGUCAACUCAAAACCCAAUGAAGACACAGGAGUUUGCUGCCAAUGCACUGGGAGUGCCUUCAAAUCGGGUUGUGGUUCGAGUGAAAAGAAUGGGAGGAGGAUUUGGAGGAAAAGAGACUAGGAGUACUAUUUUGACAUCUGUAGUGGCUGUUGCAGCCUUCAAAACUGGCCGUGUGGUGCGCUGCAUGCUGGAUCGAGAUGAGGACAUGCUGGUCAGUGGUGGCAGGCAUCCCUUCCUGGGCAGGUACAAGGUUGGCUUCAUGAAGAAUGGGAAAGUCAAGAGUCUGGAGGUGUCAUACUACAGCAAUGGGGGCAACUCUGUAGACCUCUCUCAUGGUGUGAUGGACAGAGCCCUGUUACACUUGGACAACUCCUACAACAUCCCCAAUGUCAGCAGCGUGGGCAUCGUCUGCAAGACCAACUUGCCUUCCAACACAGCCUUCCGUGGCUUUGGAGGGCCCCAGGGAAUGAUGAUUGCUGAGUGCUGGAUGAGUGACGUGGCUCGGAAGUGUGGCCUGCCCCCUGAGGAGGUGAGGAAGCUCAAUCUGUACCAUGAAGGAGACACAACUCAUUUCAACCAAAAGCUGGAGGGAUUUACUCUGCAAAGAUGCUGGGAUGAAUGUUUGUCCAGCUCUGGCUAUCACGCCAGGAAGAAACUGAUUGAAGAAUUUAACAAGCAGAACCGCUGGAAAAAGAGAGGGAUGAGCAUCAUUCCUACCAAAUUUGGCAUCAGUUUCACUGUCCCAUUUCUGAACCAGGCUGGAGCCCUGCUCCAUGUGUAUACAGAUGGCUCUGUGUUACUUACACAUGGUGGGACUGAGAUGGGUCAAGGACUUCACACCAAGAUGAUUCAGGUUGCUAGCAGGGCCCUGGGAGUCCCCACCUCCAAAAUUUACAUCAGUGAGACCAGCACCAACACUGUCCCAAACACGUCCCCGACAGCCGCUUCCGUCAGCGCGGACAUCAACGGAAUGGCCGUCUAUAAUGCGUGUCAGACUAUCCUAAAAAGACUCGAGCCAAUCAAGCAGUCUAAUCCCAAAGGAUCCUGGGAAGACUGGAUUAAAACUGCCUAUGAGAGCUGUGUCAGCCUGUCAGCCACGGGCUUUUAUAGAAUUCCUGAAGUUGGCUACAACUUUGAAAAGAAUGAAGGGAAACCAUUCUCCUACUUCAGCUAUGGAGUUGCCUGCUCUGAGGUUGAGAUAGAUUGCCUGACAGGUGACCACAAGAACAUUCGCACAGACAUUGUUAUGGAUGUUGGUACCAGUCUGAACCCAGCCAUAGAUAUAGGACAGAUAGAAGGAGCCUUUGUCCAGGGAAUUGGGCUCUUCACCAUGGAGGAGCUGCGUUACUCUCCUGAAGGGAACUUGUACACUCGAGGGCCUGGCAUGUACAAAAUCCCAGCAUUUGGAGACAUCCCAACAGAAUUCAAUGUGUCCCUUCUCCGUGACUGCCCCAACAGCAAGGCAGUUUACUCAUCCAAGGCUGUGGGAGAGCCACCCCUGUUCCUGUCUGCCUCAGUGUUUUAUGCCAUUAAAGAUGCCAUCUACUCAGCAAGGAAGGACUCUGGCCUGACAGAGUCAUUCAGGCUGGACAGCCCUGCCACCCCAGAGAGGAUCCGCAAUGCCUGUGUGGACAUCUUCACCAAAAUGUGCCCUUCUGCUGAGCCAGGGACCUUUAAGCCAUGGUGUGUGCGUGUGUAGGAGGAACGCUUGAGGAGCAAACUCUGCUGAAACUGAGCUUACAUCAGAGGAACCACAAGGCAGUAGGACUAUAAUGGAGAAGAAAAACCAACCUGUGUUCAUGUGGCUCACCCACUGAUUCAUGGAGCUUUCACAUUUAAUUGUCCAAUCAUUAUUUUCUCUAUGAGAGGAAAUUGCUGCCAGAUUAUAGCUGUGAUGUAAAUUCAAAUGAAGACUAAGUUCAAAGUGAUGUUAUCCAGGUGUAAUUGAAAAAUCUUAGAGAUUUCAUAUAAAAUUGCUGCAAGGAUACUUGUUACCAGCUAAUGUGAAAUAGCAGAGCAGUUGUUUCUUUUUUUUCCUGCUAUGGGGAAAAGAUGUAUCACCUUGUGCUGCUAUGCCAAGAAAGACUGAAAUGUGUUGAUCCCAGACAUAAUCCUCUAGCUGAGAUGGGGGAAGGUGUUAAAAGGUGUUGAGGGCUGUACCCUGCUGUGUUCCCUCUGCCCACAAAGCCAGCUAUACCCUAGAGGAAGAUGAGCAGGACUUUUGGUGUUGGCUAAUGAAGAUGGUCUUACCUGUGUAACAAAAGUGUUUCAGAGGAAAAGGCUAGAAUGUGACCAACAACUGAUUUAUCCCAAGUUCAAUGACUGUUGCUUGUUCAAUGACUGCACCUGGGCUUUAAUGAGAUUUUAGUUCAAAUGCUACCUUGUCUUCUCUGAUUAAAGAUAAAAACUAAAUACA